GUAGCUCGGUAGCUGUCACUUUGCUUGCUCUUUUUGAUCGCCGCCACAUGUCAUAGCAUUAGUUUUCUAAUUUUUCAUUAUAAAAACAUAAAAUAGCCUGAAAAUGAAACCUCUGAUGCUGCAAGGGCACGAACGUGCCAUUACCCAGAUUAAAUAUAACCGAGAGGGAGAUCUGCUAUUCUCGGUGGCGAAAGAUUCCAAGCCUAAUGUGUGGUGGUCUCUGAACGGAGAACGGUUGGGGACUUUCAAUGGCCACGGUGGAGUGGUCUGGUGCCUCGACGUUGAUUGGCAAACUAUCAACCUCAUCACUGGGGGCGGAGACAGUUCAUGCAGAUUAUGGGACUUAGAAACUGGAAAGAACAUUGCCACAAUCAAAUCAAAUUCAUCAGUAAGAACAGUGAACUUCAGCUUCAGUGCAUACCAAGCUGCCUACACCACUGACAAAGCCAUGGGGCACCCCUGUGAGGUGUUCAUUGUUGACACAAGGACGGUAGAUGAAUCUAUCUCAGGACAGGCACCGAUCCUCAAGUGGGAGAUCACAGACUCAAAGGUGACCUCAAUGGUGUGGGGCAAUCUGGAUGAGACCAUCAUCACCGGCCAUGAGGCUGGUGACAUCAUUCAGUGGGAUCUGAGGACGGGCAAGAAGAUCCACUCGAUCAAGGAGCACACGCACCAGAUCAACGACAUGCAGCUGUCGCGCGACGGCACCAUGUUCAUCACGGCCAGCAAGGACCAGACGGCCAAGCUCUUCGACACCAGCUCGCUCGAACUGCUCAAGGAGUACAAGACGGAGCGUCCCGUCAACUCGGCAGCCCUCAGCCCGAUCUUAGACCACGUGGUGCUGGGCGGAGGCCAAGACGCUAUGGACGUUACAACUACAUCCACCCGUCAAGGCAAGUUCGACGCAAGAUUCUUCCACCUGGUGUUUGAAGAGGAGUUCGGACGUGUCAAGGGGCACUUCGGGCCCAUUAACAGCUUGGCGUUCCACCCCGAUGGCAAGAGCUACGCGUCCGGCGGAGAGGACGGGUAUGUGCGCGUCCAGAGCUUCGACCAGUCCUACUUCGACUACACAUUCGACUACAACCGGGAGUGAAACUGAGCUGGACUAAGAAACGUAUUUUGGAAGUUAUUCCUUGAGUAUUUGUAACUAAAUAAAGAUGUCUUAUGAA